AUGGUUACUCGCGAUAUGAUUACUGUAGUAAUACGCAAUAGAGGAUUCGGCGUCACCCCAUCAAUAGUUAAAUCUAAAAUGACUGAAUUGCUCUCGUAUGAUUUCAGCGAACAAUAUUCAAAUGCUGUACAAGAAUUCAAAGCAUCUGAUAAAUGGUUUAACGGACUGAUAAGACGACACGAAUUCUCCCUUCGUAGACGCACCAAAAUAGGCCAGAAAUUACCCAUUGAUAUACAGGAGAAAGUUACUGACUUCCACAAAUUUGUUAAAAAUAUUCGUGCAGAAAACAAUUUCGAUCCUAGUUGCAUUAUCAACCUCGAUGAGACGCCUAUCUUUUUCGAUAUGGUGGGAGCGAUGACUGUUGAUUAUAGGGGAGCAAAAACAGUUCAUAUAAGAACGACGGGUAAUGAUAAAAAUAGAUUCACCUGCGUGCUUGCUGUGUUAGGAGAUGGCACAAAACUUCCUCCCAUGGUCAUAUUUAAAGGUAAAAGACUACAGAAGGGGGACUACCCGCAAGGCGUGAUUGUGCGAAUGAAUGAGGAUGGAUGGAUGACAGAAAACCUAAUGACUGAUUGGUUAGAUACCGUCUGGGGACAAAGGCGUAGUAAAAAAAGGUCUCUCUUCAUCGUAGAUUCAUUUAAAGGACAUCUAACCCAAUCUGUCAAAAGUAAAUGUCAAGAACAAAAUCUUGUCUUAGCUGUCAUUCCGGGUGGUCUUACUUCAGUAGUUCAACCGUUAGAUGUAUCGAUUAACAAACCGUUUAAAGACAGAAUGAGGGAGAAGUGGCGUAUGUGGAUGGCAGAGGGUAAAUUUGAGACUACAAGGGGAGGAAAUUUAAAAAAGUCUGAUAAUUCUAUAAUGUGUCAUUGGAUUAGGGAAGCUUGGGAUGAUAUUUCACAUGAGAUUGUAGUAAACUCCUUUAAAACCUGUGGGCUAUCUAAUGAUCUCAAUG